CCGACACCAUGGAAAUCCAAUCUCUCGCUUGCUCGCUCUCGAUUUUCUGGGCGCCCGCUCUUUUGGUUAUCUCUCGAGAGAGAGAGGGAUUCAAAUAUAGACAGGUGCAGAUCAGCAGAGCGAGGAUCUUUUCCACUCUCAGGGAUCUGGCUCGCCACUUCUUGUCAUCCUACAAGGACUCUACCAGGACCCCACACGCAGGAUCGUCAACAUGGGGAAAUUCUCUGCGGAGCGUCUCAAUGACAAGGUCGCUCGAUCGGCGGUCGGGAGGUGGUUCCGACUCGAUGGAUGCGGUCAUCCCUUGGCCAGGAAGGGUAGCAGGUUCACGACAGAACUCCGAGCGGGGAGCGUUAUCGGUGCUGCCAUGUUGUACAUCAUCGCGGUCAACUCGUCCGUCUUGAGUGACUCUGGUGGUCCUUGUGUGUGUGCUUCCACGCCCGAUGAUCCUAUCUGCGAGACCAACAUCGACUACAACCUGUGCAUCAAUGAGCUCAAGCGGGACUAUGUCACCAGUACCUCGGCAAUUUCUUUGAUCGCUACCUUUUUGAUGGGUCUCCUGGCAAACAUGCCUUUGGGUCUCGCUCCUGGUCUCGGUGUCAAUGCCUUCUUUGCUUAUUCUCAGGUUGGAUUCCACGGAACUGGACCUAUCACCUAUGGCGAAGCUUUGGCUGCCGUCUUCCUGGAAGGAAUCAUCUUCUUCUUCCUCACCGUCUUUGGUCUCCGUCAAUGGCUCGCCAGGUUGAUCCCCCGUUCCAUCGCCCUCGCUAUUGGAGCCGGAAUCGGUCUCUUCUUGACGCUUAUUGGCCUCAGUUCGUCCGGUCUCAACGUCGUUCAGGGCGCUACCUCGACCCCGCUUCAAAUCGGAGGUUGUCUUCCGCAAUACGAAGAGAACGGGAUCUGCCAGUCGCACGUCCUCCAGGAUCCCAAGAUGUGGCUCGGAAUCUUUGCUGGUGGGGUCAUCACCGCCUUCAUGUUGCUCUACAGGGUCAAGGGUGCUCUUCUUUGGCCCAUCUUCAUUGUCGCCAUCAUCUCUUGGCCUCGAAGCACACCCGUCACCGCUUUCCCUCACGACGUUAUCGGAGAUUCCAACUUUGACUUCUUCAAGAACGUCGUCAGCGCCCGAGGCUUCAGCUUGCUCGGUCCCAAAAAUGUCGAUUGGCAAGGUUACAAGAACGGCAAGACCUGGAUCGCUCUGAUCUCGUUCUUGUACGUCGAUCUACUGGAUACGACCGGUACUCUAGUAGCCAUGUCGAAGCAGGCCGGUCUGUUCGACGCUAGGGACGGUGACUUUGAGGGCAGUUCCGUCGCUUUCCUGGUCGAUUCGGCUUGUAUCUCCAUGUCCGGACUCUUCUUUGGAUCUUCCCCUUGCACGCCUUUCGUCGAAUCUGCUAGUGGAAUCGCCGAAGGUGGAAAGACCGGAUUGACCGCCAUUGCGACCAGCUUUUGGUUCUUUGUCAGCAUCUUCUUUGCUCCGAUUUUGAGCAACAUCCCGUCUUGGGCGACCGGGUCCGUCCUGGUCAUCGUCGGAGCCAUGAUGAUGGAGAAUGCCACCAAGAUCAACUGGGACUUUAUCGGUGAUGCCCUACCAGCCUUUAUCGUGCUCGCAUGCAUUCCUUUUACCUACAACAUCGCCUACGGUAUCAUUCCCGCAUUGAUCGUCUUCAUGCUGCUCCACAACGUGCCCCGUGUCCUCGGCAUGAUCUCGCCCCGUCUUUUGCCUCCUGGCUGGCACGACCUCAAGGAGCCUUACUCGGUGGCCGCCAUGAUCCGGGCUCAAUCGAACGGAGGAACCCAAUCCAAGCUCUGGACCGUCUUGCCUCCCUGGAUGCGAAAGCUUUUCAACGGCAACCGCAAAUUCUGGGCUUACACUCCCGAGGAGAUUGAGAGGCAUCUCGAGGGUCGAAAGAUGACCGAGGAUGCGGAUCGUGCCGCUGCCGAACUCCGUCAACGUGAGAGGGAUGACAUGCGAAAAGCCAUGGGUCUGGCCACGGUCAUCACUACGCGCGACGUAACCGAUUUGGACUAUGACGCCGAGAACGGCUCCCCGGCCUCGUUUGAGAUGCAGGACCCCAGCAAACAACACAGGGCGCCCGAGGAAGGAUUGUUCGGUUCAAAGACCUACGAGACCAGGUGAUAUCUUGAUCCUCCAGGUACACUACUGCUAGGUAUUACCGCAUCAAAUGUAUACUAGUCGAGAUCUUUCAUAUAAUACAAAGGGUAUCAAGA